AUCCGUAACUCUCUAACUAGAAACUCUCCAUCGCAUUUUAUAUGUCUCCCCACUAUCUCCACCUCUGCGAUCUUCUUUUCCACCGAAGGCAUACUGAUCGUCGAGAGAUGUGCACCAAAGGUCACUGGAGGCCUGCAGAGGACGCGAAGCUCACGGAAUUGGUUGCCAAAUAUGGCCCUCAUAACUGGAACGCCAUCGCCGAGAUGCUUCAGGGUAGAUCAGGAAAGAGCUGUAGGUUGAGAUGGUACAAUCAACUGGAUCCAAGGAUCAACAAGAAUCCUUUCACGGAGGAGGAAGACCAGCUGCUGCUCGCCGCUCAUCAGAUCUAUGGAAACAGGUGGGCUAUCAUCGCACGCCUAUUCCCCGGACGCACCGAUAACGCCGUGAAGAACCAUUGGCAUGUGAUCAUGGCACGGAAGCACAGAGAACGGUCUCGGCUUCAUGGUAACUUCGUCGACGAGGAGCAGUCUCAGAGAUGCAAGAAGAGAAAGCUCGAGCCGAGAAAUAUGGUUUCCAUGAUCGAGGAGUCUGAUAGAACAUCUGUCACGGUUCAUCACUCUCAGCAUGAGGAUUCUCACCUCGACAUGUGUGAAGAUAGAGAUAACUCGAUGGAGUUCUAUGACUUCCUCCAAGUAAACAGUGACUCUGAAAGCACUCAGGAGGAUUUGGGAAGAAAGAGAGAAGAAGAUGGGGAGGAGAAGAAGGGAACUCAUGUCAGGUUCAUUGAUUUCAUGGCUGUCGGAAGCAUAUAAUUAUGCUUAUAGGAAAAGAAUUAACAUCUUCACAAUCUGUUUAAUUUGUGUACUGCGCAUAAACCCUAACAUAUAUUUAAUCAUGACAACUGACAUGUACAUGGCUUGCAAGCUCUCCGAAUGAAAGCAUUCCUCAAGAGCAUGCAUCUAUGGAUUUGUAGAAACAUUGAUGAGUCGACAACUGUAAUAUACUUCAUGUAA